AUGGCUCCCAAGGCAACCGGCGAGAAGUACUCGGUCAUCCUCCCGACCUACAAUGAGCGUCGCAACCUGCCAAUCAUCACCUGGCUGCUGAAUCGCACCUUUACCGACGCCAAGCUCGACUGGGAGCUCAUCAUCGUCGACGACGGCUCGCCGGACGGCACGCAAGAAGUCGCACAGCAGCUCGUCAAGGCUUACGCGCCGCACGUCGUUCUCAAGCCGCGCGCGGGCAAGCUGGGCCUGGGCACCGCCUACGUGCACGGGCUGCAGUUCACUACCGGCACCUUCGUCGUCAUCAUGGACGCCGACUUCUCGCACCACCCCAAGUUCAUCCCGCAGAUGAUCGCGCUGCAGAAGACGGCCAACUACGACAUCGUGACGGGCACGCGGUACGCGGGCGCGGGCGGCGUGUUCGGGUGGGACCUAAAGCGCAAGUUCGUGAGCCGCGGCGCGAACCUGUUCGCGGACACGGUGCUGCGCCCCGGCGUGAGCGACCUGACGGGCUCGUUCCGGCUGUACAAGAAGAGCGUGCUGCAGCGUGUCAUCUCGAGCACGGAGAGCAAGGGCUACACGUUCCAGAUGGAGAUGAUGGUGCGCGCCAAGGCGAUGGGCUGCACGGUGGCGGAGGUGCCGAUCACGUUCGUGGACAGGCUGUACGGCGAGUCGAAGCUGGGUGGCGACGAGAUUGUCGAGUACGCCAAGGGCGUGCUGAACCUGUGGCUGAAGGUGUAG